AUGCCUGUUACAGCAAGGAAUUUGGAUGUCAAGCCGGAAACAAUUUCCAAUUGCUUUCAACACUGUCAAAUCCGUACAGAGGACAUCGGGCUACGCCCCGUAACGGAAGACAUGGUAGAGCCAUCAGCUGAAGUCAUCAGUGAACUAGAGAGCGAGAUUCGUAGGUUCUGCUAUGAGAAUCCUAUGAACAUUCAAAACCUACUGAACUACCCUGAUGAAGAAAUUGUGACGUACAAGCCGACCAAAGAGGAGAUUGUCGCAAACUUGAAGAAGCUGGUUGUCGAGAUUCCUGGCCCUGAAGAAGAGCACGACAGUGAAGAUCUACCAAAAAUUUGCCCUAGUGAUGCCAUUUCCAUGCUCGAGAAGCUUCAACACUUUUGGCUUCAGCAGGAGAAGGUCCAUACGGAAAAUCUUUUGUCAAUAAGAAGCAUGAUGGACGUUGCUCCUCGCAGGAUUCGAACUGAGAAGUUGCAGAAAACCACAUUAGAUAGGUUUUUUGCCAAGAAAUAG